AUGCCGAUUACAAAUUCAUGUGGGCAGACUGUGGAGCCUGUGGAGGUCCCAUAUUUCAUUCUUGCUGAUGACGCCUUCGCCCUCAGGACGUACCUAAUGAAGCCAUCCUCCCACAUAGGUAUGACGAGGUCCAAGCAGAUUGCCAACUACAGAAUUUCCAGAGGCAGGCGGGUGGUUGAGAACGCAUUCGGCAUCUUGGCCAGCGGACGGCAGUGUUUACUGACCACGAUGCAGCAGGGUCCUGAUUUGGUCCGAGACAUCCUCAAAGCUGGCAUCUGCCUGCAAAACCUGGGCAGAGAGGAUGUGCAGCAAAACCUGAUACCUGGUGAGUUGAGGCAGCAAGCCAACAUGCAAGAGGUGUACCAGAGAGUGGGACCCAUCAGGGACACUAUGGAGGCCAAACAGAUGCGAGAGAACUUUAGACUGUACUUCAACAUUGAAGCUGGCUCGGUACCAUAG